UCAUCCAUUCGCAGCGCACGCGCCCAAGCCGAUCGCAAUUAUUGCAUUGUGGAUCAAUAAGACCACAGUGCUGUGCAAUCAAUAAUGCACUCGUUCGCCGUCGCGCUUCUGCUGUCCAGUGCAGCAGCCUUUGCCCCCAAGGCGGCGAGCCGGCCCAGCGUAGCCGUCGCGGCCAUGCCGUCGCAGGACGAGCUCAAGAAGCAGGUUGGGUAUCAAGCCAUCGACGACUACGUGACCAGUGGCAUGAAGGUCGGCCUGGGCACGGGCUCGACGGCCGCGUUCGCCGUCGAGCGGCUGGGCAUGUUGCUCAAGGAUGGCACUUUAAAAGAUAUCAUCGCCGUGCCCACUUCGGUCAGGACGAAGGAGCAGGCCGAGGAGUUGGGCAUUCCUUUAACCACUUUGGAUGAAUUUUCCAGGUUGGACGUCGCGAUCGACGGCGCCGACGAGGUCGACCCUGACCUCAACUUGGUCAAGGGCGGCGGCGGCGCCUUGCUGAGGGAGAAGAUGGUCGAGAUCGUCGCGGACAAGUUUAUUGUGAUUGUCGACGAGUCGAAGCUGUGCGAUGCGCUCGGCCCCGGCUUCCCGGUGCGAUCUCGGCGUCCCGCGGUGCUGCGGUGCCUUUACGCCAUCGACGCGACUCGUGUCCAUCGAUUUGAGGCCAUUCGGACCGAGUCGAGCGACCGCGAUGCUCCGCGCAGGUACCGGUCGAGAUCACGCCCUUCUGCCACGAGCACACGAUUCGCGUUGUUGGUGACUUGCCCGCACUCAAGGGCAAGUGCAAACCGGUCCUCAGGAUGGGCUCGUCGUCGAACAACCAGAACGACGGCGACAACAUCGCGGUCACGGACAAUGGUAACUACAUCGUCGACCUGGUCUUCGACAAACCGAUUGAAGACGCGCCGGCGGCGGCGGCGCAGCUCAAAAACACGUGCGGCGUCGUCGACCACGGCUUCUUCAUCGGCAUGACGACGGCGGUGAUCAUCGCGGGCCAGGAGGGGAUCUCCGUGAAGACGCCCUAGGUAGCGGAGUAAGGGUGUUUGCCGAUUUACUCCUCGAGUGGGGGAGGGGUUGUGUCGACGUCGUCGACGACGACGCGGAUGCCGCGGGUAGCCGUGGGACCGAACGUCAGCGAGACGCCCGGCGGCGUCCUGUAGCAGAUGAUCCACUCGCCGUCGUGCACCGUCCAGCACGAGAAGAGGACGAUCGAGGCGACGUGGGUCACGUGGCACGUCUGCAGCGAGGGGAUGCCGGCCAUCAGCUGGUGGAGGGUUCGCGGCGUGAGCGCUCCCAAGGGCGCUGGCUCGCCGCCGACGUGGACGUCGCCGCACUGGUCGUCAAUUAUGAGUUUCUUGAGGGACGGGCAGAAGGGCAGCGCGGAGUCCCAAUUGAACGAGGAUCGCCAUCCUACCUGAAUUGAGAGGGUCUCGAGCUUCGGCAAGCGCUCAGGUAGCCAGCCUACUCUGCUCUCGGGAGCGACGUAGCCAAAGAAUGCCAAUGAGAGAUGUUUGAGGGUCGGAUGAUUUUCAAAAGCAUCGAGGGAGCCAUUGGGAUCGGCUACUAAAAUAGAACUCCCUUGGGGCCCCGGCACACUCAAAGUUAAUUUCAGCGAGAGUGUCGUCAGGGGCGCCGCUGCGAUGGCGUGGCGGAUGGCUGAGUUUACUCCACCGACACUGCGUCGUGUGCCACGAGCGCGCGCGGGAAGUCGCCUUCGAUCCGUGCGGUCACUUCGUGUGUUGCUCGGAAUGCGGCGAGCGCGUGUUGACGUGCCCGCUAUGUCGUGGUACCAUAGAAGGAAAGCUCCGGAUCUAUGUAGGGUAAUACUUAGACGCCUA